AAAACUAUCCUAAGGUAGUGAUCCAUUUUCAUCUGGGAUUCCUGGGGAGGCUUCCCUAUCUCCCCAACAGCCCACUAAGAAUGCAGUCAGGCUAUUUGCUUUAGAAGGUGUCUAAACAUUCUAAAUGUGUAUGAAAUUCGAGGUUUCUAGAUCUGUUAUGGUGAGACCCCACCGUUUCCUCCAGCAAUUGUAGGCCCAAAUAGUGCAAAUGGUUUCAUACACAGUUCACUCAUCAUAAUGCAUCACCAUAGCAACUCAUGAGCAAACAAUGGAGACUUAGAGCAGAAGGACAUUUUCUGGCUUCGAUUUUUUUUUUUUUUUUUUAACAUGUAAUGUGAUCAGGUAUACUUCCUGGAGAGAAUGAGCCAUCACAAAGUACAGAACCUUUCCUACAGCUGAACAAAAUAAAGUGGAGAGGCCAGCUCACAUCUGUCACCAGGCCCCAUCUUAACUCUUUCCUAGAUGACCUGUUGCGACGAUCCCAUAACUGAGGAAACAUGGGUAGAGCGAGAAUACUUGCACCCAGACAUCCCCUUUGUGUGGGGAGGCUUUACUCCAAAGCCCUACCAUCACCUAGCUGUGAAGCAGCCGUCUAGUACGAGACUAAAGUCCGUCACACAUCGCCAACUCCUUUCCCCUUGGAAGGACCCAACUCAGCAUACGUGGGGCUACCACACUUGGGUGGAUGUGGGACGUCUACCCCCAGUUUUCCCCUCAAAGCCUGAUAAAACUUAUGAUAGUAAUGUCUGGCGAUGGCUCACUCGCACUGAAGCCCAUAAAUGUUCUUUUACCAAGUACUGUAUCCCUCCACCUUCCUAUCUUGGGAAAAACACUUUAUUGCGAUUUAUUGACACUCAUCCUAUCUUCACGGACCCAGAGAGAAAGAAUAGGGUGGUCACCCAGACCAAGAAGGAGAUCACAGAAGCAGGAAUACUCAAAUCAAGAAGUGAAGCCAGGGUACCCCCGCUGGAUGGCCAGGGUAACAUCUUGCCCCCCCCGAACUUCAAGAGGUACAGACACGUGUCACCAGGUGGACGCCUGGACCCUGGCUUUCAGCUUAUAUCCAACCCAGUCCCUAAUUUACUCUGCAGAGGUUGGCCCUGCCCCAACCCUCAACCACAUUACAAAGAGAUGUCCAUGAGAUUGUUACUACAGCCUGCUCCUCCUCUGGACCCUGAAAUGGUGAGAAAUUACCAAAUCCUUGCAAAAGACCGAGCAGCUACAUCCAUCUGCCAUGUCGCAGAAGAACUCAUCUUUGCACAAGGGUCAAAGUGUACAAUUAGGAAAAGGGUUUCUAGGAAGGAGAAGGUUGUCUCAUUCUCUGAUACAACUUCACACAGGAGAAAAAUUGGAUAAGACUAGAGGAUCCUCCAGCUCUAAAAGACACCAGAGAAAGAUUGGUACAUUAUAUUCUGUGUUCCAGAGACCUUAACCUGAGACACCUCUGCUCUGAGCAAGAAACCCUAGGGUGGUGGAAACUCCAGCUCAUAUGUGUUUUUUCAGCCUGCAAAGUUCUUUCCUCACAAUUACCUUUUGAGGUAGAUAGUCCUGUGUUUUAUGGAAACCAAGAUUAAGAGUGUCACUUAGAAUAAUCAUAGAAUUUUAUCACUGUGAGGGACCUUAUGAAGUCACCUAACCCAACCCCCUCAUUUUACUUUUGAGGAUAUUAAAACCCCAAGAGGUUAAAUGAUUUGUUUGAGCUUCCACAUAUAGUAGAUAGUAGAGGUGGGGAAGGGGGGAGGGAAUUUCCCAGAUUAUUUGGCCUGAAUUCUACUGCUCUUUAGAGCCUUUACACACACACACUCCGAUAAAAACAUAGAUUACAAUACAAAGAAGAACACGUCUAUCAAAGAUGAACGCCAUUUCCUCUCUCCUCUGAAGGUUUUUUACAUUCUGCUCCUCACUAUAGAGAGAGGCACAAUUCACACAUUUUUUCUCUUUUUCCCCCUUUCCCCUUCUCUUUCCCUUUUCCCCUCCAUUCCUCCUUCGCUCCCCCCUCCCCCCCCCCCAAGGUGAGCCUCCAGUACACUGGAGAGUUAUAUGUGAAAUAGUGACUGGAGGCACAAAUCCCAUUUAUUGCCUAAUCCCUGCAUUCAGUUUAGUGAAACCUGGGGGGCCAUGAAGAGUCGAGGGACCACCCAUUCCAACCUGCAUCUGCUUCUACCUGGCAAGGAGACCUCUCCAAGAGGUCAGCCAGCAGCUCCCCCGGCCCCAGGUACCACUCCCGCUAGUUGUUCUAUUUCCAUUCCCUUGCUUCCUUCCAAGGUGAUUUUUAGAACCAUCUUUUCUAAAAACAAACCAGAAAAAUCACUUUUUUAUGCCUUUUGUGUUUACAUCAUAGUCAUUCCUAACAUCUUCCCACCAUGAACCCUCUCUUGCAGCCUUCCUGGACUUAUCCAAAGGUGAGGGAAAGUAAUCACUCUCUCCUAACUCUGUUUUGAUUGAUCUACGCCUCGUCUGAAGCAGCCUGAAACCUUGAAUACAGAUGUUCUGGCUCCCAUGCCACAGCCACUAGAGCAGCAUUGCCUAAUCUCUUUAAGGAGGGCCAACCUCCGUCUUAUAUUGUAUCCCCAGUGUCUGACGACAAGGGCUGGUCCAGUCAGAUCAAGAGGGGCCAUUUUUCAUUCAAAAAAAAAAUCAUCCCCACAAAUAUAUGUUCUUUCUAUGUGUAUAUAUUAUAUAUUUUUACGGAUUUGUUCUUUGUAUGUUGUUAAGCCCUUUCUAUCCUUAAAUGUUUCAUUUAGAUAAUAAACUCCCAAGAAGGCACAAAGCCUAUCUUAUUUAGCCCACACUGAAAAGCACCUUUCACAGUGACUAAUAAAUUACUUUUGUUGAAGAAAAUGUUUUUUUACUGAUUGAACAAUCAUUGGGAAUUUGGUCAGUAUAAGACUAAGUAUUAUGAGGUAUCUAGAUAAAAUACUCUAGGUAUCGCAUAAGAUAUUUAUGUAGCUUGGAGCAGUUGCUGCUGCAGGUUACUCUUUCGACAUGAACCACCAGAUAACACUUAAAGCUCAAGCCACCCCAGCUGCUCCAUGAACCUGGGUAACACUGAGGUAACGAGAGGACACCAAGUGCGAAGAGUGCCAGGUCUGGAGUCAAAAGGACUCAUCUUCAUCAGUACAAAUCUUACUAUUGA